AUGUUCAGGAUUGCAGUUGCGAGGACUCGUAUUGCUGCAAGUGCAAGGCCCAUCAGGGUCUUACCCAGAGCACCCAGAGCACCCGUGUCACUCGUGUCCGUUCGCUUCAACUCGAAUGAUCCGUCCAAACUCGGUUUCUGGGAUGCGCCGAAGCUCUCGUACGAGCAAGUAAAGCCCAGAACUGAGCAACCUAGUCCUAAUGCCUACCUCAUCGACGUUCGAGAGCCUGAUGAAGUUAUCCUCGGCUCAAUCCCAUCUUCUGUCAAUGUUCCUCUCACCGGUUUCGCUGAGUCUCUACACCUGAAUCCUGUGGCUUUCAAGGAGAAGUUUGGUUUUGAGAAACCAAAGCGCAACCAAGAAAUUGUGUUCUACUGUCGAAGUGGGAAAAGGAGUGCGACAGCUGCCGAUAUGGCAAAGAAACAUGGUUACACCAAGGUGUUUAACUACGAAGGUUCAUGGCUUGACUGGACCGCUCGAGAGCAGGGCAAGAGCAGCUAAAUGUUAUAUUGUCUUUGUGACCACAACAAUAC